AGAGGCCGAUUCCUCCACUUCCACUCUGUGACUUUCUGGGUCGGCAACGCCAAGCAGGCUGCCUCCUUCUACUGCACUAAGAUGGGUUUCGAGCCGCUGGCCUACAGGGGCCUGGAGACUGGGUCCCGACAGGUGGUCAGCCACGUGAUCAAGCAGGGGCAGAUCGUGUUUGUCCUGUCCUCGGCACUCAACCCUGGGAACCGAGAGAUGGGCGAGCACCUGGUGACACACGGCGACGGGGUGAAGGAUAUUGCUUUCGAGGUGGAAGACUGUGACUACAUUGUGCAGAAAGCCCGGGAACGGGGCGCCAAAAUCCUCCGGGAACCCUGGGUGGAGCAAGACAAGUUUGGGAAGGUGAAGUUUGCUGUGUUACAGACGUACGGGGACACCACUCACACCCUGGUGGAAAAGAUGAACUAUACUGGCCGCUUCCUGCCCGGAUUUGAGGCCCCGCUGUCCAAAGAUCCCCUCCUUUCCAAGCUGCCCCACUGCAGCCUGGAGACCAUUGACCACAUUGUAGGAAACCAGCCAGAACAUGAGAUGGAGUCGGCCUCGGACUGGUACCUCAAGAACCUGCAGUUCCACCGCUUCUGGUCUGUGGACGACACGCAGGUGCACACAGAGUACAGCUCUCUGCGUUCCAUCGUGGUGGCCAACUACGAGGAGUCCAUCAAAAUGCCCAUCAACGAGCCGGCGCCCGGCCGGAAGAAGUCACAGAUCCAGGAAUAUGUGGACUACAAUGGGGGCGCCGGCGUCCAGCACAUUGCUCUCAAGACGGCGGACAUCAUCACGGCGAUCCGGCACCUGAGAGCCAGGGGCAUGGAAUUCUUGGCCGUGCCGGCCACCUACUACAAGCAGCUGCGGGAGAACCUCAAGUCAGCCAAGAUCCGUGUCCAGGAGAGCAUCGAUGUCCUGGAGGAGCUGAAGAUCCUGGUGGACUACGACGAGAAAGGCUACCUCCUGCAGAUCUUCACCAAGCCCAUGCAAGACCGGCCCACGCUCUUCCUGGAAGUCAUCCAGCGCCACAACCACCAGGGAUUCGGAGCCGGCAACUUCAACUCCCUGUUCAAGGCCUUCGAGGAGGAGCAGAACCUGAGGGGCAACCUCACCGACAUGGAGGCCAACGGGGUGACGCGCGGCAUGUAGGCCCCGCCCACCCGCUGCGGUCACGCCCACUCCCCGGCCCUGCGCAUG